AUGCGCCCGCUUCGGCUGCUCCUCUCGCUAGCGACCAGCUUGAUCACCAUCACAUUACUGCUAUACCUUGUGUUCGGCUCGCAGAAUGAGGAUCCAGCCAGCCGCACUGCAUCUGUCAAAGAGAAGAGUGGAUUCAAGGCCCUGUUCUCCUUCACAUCGCCUGGCUCGCUAUUUCCCCCAUCCGCUAUAAUAAGCCUGACAGACGACAACUCUACCUUCUUCCUCGCUCGCCCUGCUGCCUUUGGGCCCUCGCUUCCAUCCGAGAGCUUGAGUGGCCCUCUAUGGAUCGGAAGCGGGUUUGGGGAAGAUGCCCUAGGCAAGGGCGGCGAGCUGGGCUGCAGCGAUAUUCCGGGCUGGGAUGGAUCCGAGGAUACCCCUUCAGAGGUAGCUGAGCAUAAGCACCUAGACGCUUCGGAGCAGCGUGAAAAUCCCUUGACGAAGCAGCCACACGGAGCCAUCGACGUCGCCGAGAGGUCUGUCGCAGACAACGACGGUACAGACGACACUCUUCUGCCACGACUGCCGCUCUCACAAGUACUCAAAUACCGCGUUGGAAAGACACCGGAACAUGCUGAUAUCGAGUCUCUCCAACAAGCCGCAGAAAUCUCAGGCAAGGUCGUCCUGCUGAAACGUGGUGGGUGUGGCUUCUUGGAGAAGGUAAUGUGGGCUCAACGACGAGGCGGCGUGGCGUUGAUCGUAGGGGAUGAUCAACGUGGAGGAGCUCUUGUUCGAAUGUACGCUCGUGGUGACACGUCGAACGUCACUAUCCCAGCUCUUUUCACGUCGCAUACAACCGCCCAAUUACUUUCAUCGCUACUACCGACGGGAGAUGUUUUGCAUGCUUCGUCGUCAGAAGAUACUCCAAGCCGCGAUUUGACGAAGAACGCGCGGUCGAGUCCAGAACACAGAAAACAAGAAGAGAGCAUUCCCACAGAGUCAAAGCAGGCUCCGCACAGGGCGUCAGAGCACAGUGACUCCAGAAACUCGCCGGAAGCGGGCUGGUUCAGCACGAUUCUUUCCUGUCUUGGCCUCAAGAACCUCAAGGAUGCGUCUCCGAAAGAUAUUACACGCAGGCCUCCGAACAGCGGCAAAUUGAAUUGGUUGGCCGAGGAAAGUGCGGGCCUGAGGAAGACCAAGAGUGGUAAUGUGAAGAUUGUGGCUACGCAUACCCCAGAAAAGUUCAUCAUUGGCGAGCAUGACUGGCGUGAUCCCGCCUUCAUUGCUAGUCCAUCUCCGUCGAAGACUACCCCAGAGCAGACUCCUACGCUGAACAGAACCAAAGGCGGAAGCGUCACGCCUAGCAGCGGCGAGUAUGAAGGUGGUCACCCCGGAAAGACAAAGUGGUGGUUGAACGAAUCCAAGGAUGAAGAGAAGGAGCCCUUGACACAUGCAUACGUGAAGGGAAGUAGCACCAUGCCAUCGGACAGAGAAUCCGAAGACGGCAAACCCUCCAGCCCACACGAGGGUCUUUGGGUAACAUUAACCCCUACGAACAUGUCCACAUCUCCAUUCUUUGAUACUUUACUCGUCCUAGUUGUCAGCCCUCUUGUCACCUUGACUGUUGUAUACGCAUUACUCCUUCUACGAUCCCGCAUCCGGCGUCGGCGCUGGCGAGCUCCCAAAUCACUCGUUGACCGCCUUCCCGUCCGGACUUACCACACAAUCAGCGACAGUAGCCCUUCGGCAACUCCCAACGCCUCUUCGCCGACUACUCCGCUUCUUCAGCACGAGUCGCCACAACCUACAGCAUCUCAACCACGGCCUCGAUCUCCGACCGAGUCUGAGGCUCCAGCAACUUCAUCUUCAGUACUUCCAGGCCAUCGUACACCUGAAGAGGAAAAGCGAGAAUCUGGGUUGGCUGCUUGGAGACGCAAGUAUGGUGGCCGGCAGAAAGAGUGUGUUGUCUGCUUGGAGGAGUACGUUGACGGCGUCAGUCAAGUGAUGAGCCUGCCGUGUGGUCAUGAGUUCCACGCGGACUGCAUUACACCCUGGCUGGUCACUCGACGGAGAACCUGCCCUAUCUGCAAAGGAGAUGUUGUACGGUCAUUGUCGCAGUCCUAUCACGACCGUGCCGUAUCGCGACUAGAGUCUCGUGAUUCGUUCAGUGAUGAGCUUGGAGAUGAUGUUCAGGCACAGGCAGCUCUAAGCCGCAACGACUCUCCGUCGGCCUCGAGACCUUUGCCAAUUGCCGGGCCUAUUGACGCUGACAUUGAGGCGAACUGGGACGAGGAAGGAGACGAGCUAGGUCGAGAGAUACCUCGGGAGCGAACCGGAGAACUCAGUAGCUCUUUCAGAGAGGCCAGCUCAUCUGCCGUCACCGCGAUUUGGAGGGGUUUCGAAGCUGUCGGAAGGGCCACUGGAUUGCAGCGGCGAUCGAGUAGGGAAGAGCUCGAUCGGGACCGAUAG